GUUCGCGGAGCAAACGCGUUUCGCCCAUGUCACGCACAAAAGCCCCACGCAGCUGGUUUCCGCCAGUUAUCGCAAAAUAACUGCGUAAAGUUUUGGGGGACCAUUUUCACUCCUCCGAAUCGCCAUUGCGCUCUCGCAUCGCCCGCCCUCAUUGCGUAGUUUGUCCCUUACCUCCCUGACAAGCACACAGACGUACUCACCCCUUGCUUUCCUGCUUGCACCCCUUAUUAUUAUCGCCACGUUGUGUAAAGCUUAUCUUCCCAAACGGUCCAAAUUCGACAACUGUUUUCGGGAACAAACAUUCAAGAGAAUAACUUUUGCUUCAUAAACUCCAAGGAAAUAUUACUCUGCAGAGCAGGGCCCAGGACUCGGGGCAAGCGUUCGAUACUAUCGCAACGUAAUGCCAAAGCUUUCUCUGUCAAAAAGGAGAAAAUCAAAGGACGUCGCACGGACUGAAAACAAGGACACUGCUUCAAAGAGCAACUCCCGGAAGCGGGGCAUCGCAAGUGAGAGAUCGAGUGAGGAUGAUACAUACGGGUCCAGCGACUCAAUCGACUUUCCUGGAAGUGUGGGCAAUGGAGGAACGGUGAAUGUGCAAAGGUCAUGUGGAGAGAAGGGAGCAAAUGCGCGACCUACCACUCCGAACCCACGUCCGUCUAGGAAGAUUGUUGGUCCUUACAGACUGUCAAAGACACUGGGACAAGGAAGUAUGGGUAAAGUCAAACUGGCCGUUCACAUGGUCACAGGGGAAAAGCGUGCAUGCAAAAUCAUUCCUCGGCCAUCCGGAACAACACCGCUUAGCGAAGCUGUGGUCAUUGGGCCAACCACGUCCAUUCGAAAUCUCCCAGUCAUCAGAGCGGACACCGGUGACGGUCAGAGAGAGGUCGAAGACACAAAAGAGGCUCGAAUCAUCCGUGAAGCGGCCAUAAUGCUCCUUCUUCAUCAUCCUCAUAUCGUGCGACUUUACGAAGUAGUUUUGCAGGACGAAAACUACUAUAUGUUUCUGGAGUAUGUCAAUGGUGGGCAGAUGCUGGAUUACAUCAUAUCUCAUGGGAAACUGAAGGAAAAGCAGGCCCGGAGAUAUAUUCGACAGAUCGUAUCUGCCAUUGAUUAUUGCCAUCGAAACUCGAUCGUACACAGAGAUUUGAAAAUAGAGAAUGUGCUGAUUGACAAAGAUGGAUCCAUCAAGCUGAUUGAUUUCGGCUUGUCAAAUCUGUAUUCCCCCACAUCGCAGUUGCAAACAUUUUGCGGAAGCUUGUAUUUUGCUGCACCGGAAUUGCUUAGUGCCAAGGCCUACAUUGGCCCUGAAGUUGAUAUAUGGAGCCUGGGGGUAAUAUUGUACGUGCUUGUUUGUGGCAAGGUGCCAUUUGAUGAUGCUAGUAUGCCCAUGUUGCACGCAAAAAUAAAAGCUGGGGCUGUCGACUACCCGCCCGAUCUCUCUGAUGAAUGCAGGCAUUUGAUUUCGAGAUUGCUGGUAGUCCAGGCAGACAGACGGGCAUCAAUGGCCGAACUUCGAUCCCACCCAUGGAUAACAAGAGGCUAUGAUGGCCCUCCCAACAGCUAUCUUCCAUCAAGACCGCGGCUGGAGGCACCUGAUAUUGAAGUGGUGAAACGUAUGAGAGGCUUCGAUUUUGGAACAGAGGAAACUAUAUGUUCUACUCUGGACCGUCACAUCAAAAAGCGGGACGUUCGCCGGGGCCGAAAUCCAAGUGAAUCACCUCUACCAAGUGAGCCGAUGUUGAGCAUUUAUCAUUUGGUCAAAGAGAAAAUGCAUCGAGAGAGUUGGGAAGCGGCAAUUCGACCACCCACACGUCCCAAACCGGUCGUUACGACAUCAUUGUCUCAGGACCCUCCCCUCACCUGUCGCGCCGCUUCAUCUGCCGAAAGACACAUGGCAAGCGCGGAAAACAGAACGCGGGAAGCGGCGGGUUCAGACGCUGCACGAUGGGAAAAUCCCACCAAUCGCAAGACUUCUCAAUCAUCCGCGCGGAUGUCCGAAGACGUAUCAUCAAGGAGCGAACCAUCUCCACGCCGUUCGUUGACAAAUAUGAUGCGGCGCUUCAGCACGACAAUCUCGCGAACUCCAUUACCACAAUCCACCGCUUCUCCUGUACACUCUGGAGUACAAGCCACACCAUCUACGUCCCAUCAAUCCAUGCUCACAUCCUUGGCCACCAACCGAUCAUCAUCCAUCGGCACACUGGAUGACCCUCGCGUGUCGAACGUCGGCACACUCUCGGGACGACCUGGACGAGCUGACGAGUUUGUGAGGACCGUUUCCCUAAAAGGAUUGCUGUCUGUCGUGAACUCGUCCACAAAAUCUCCUUCCACCAUUCGCCAGGAUCUACUUCAAGUCCUUCAUCAGGAAAAGAUCUUUUUCGUUGAAUACUAUGGCGGGUUUGAUUGUGAGUUUAUACCCGACAUAUCAAAGGCGACGAGGAACACGGACGAUGUUACUGGAAAGGCAUCGAAACGGCGAUAUAGCUUCAUGAGUUUGGCAUCGUUGAGACGAAGCCUUGAUAUGUCCUCUGGCGACAGGAAUGAGGCGCAAAACUCGGAGCGUCAUCACCAACGCGAUAUGGUUGCUGCGCCAAAACCGGUACCCUUACCCAAACCGCCUGCACCGGUGCGAAUACAAUCCAACGGAUUAAGACGAACAUCCCUUUCUUCCCUGCAGACUGGGACGAGUUCGCAAAUGUUGCGAAUGGAAAUUUUCAUUGUGAAAAUCCCGUGGUUGGGUCUACAUGGAAUUCAGUUUAGGAGGAUCACGGGAGAUUCCUGGCAGUAUAAAGCGGUUUGUGCAAGGAUACUUGAUGGGGUUCGUCUGUAGCUGCGUAUGGGAAAUUGUUUUUUUAAUAUUGUAAUACUUGUAGAAACUGUAGCAGGUCUGUUGUGGGGGAAGCAAUUGGUUCUCGUAUUUUAAUUAUAUUGCUGCUCCCUAGCGUCCGACACUCAACCCUGACUGCGGUUGCCGCACACUUCCGCGCUCAGGCAACUUUCUCACACGCGCCAUCCUCUCGCUCUCCAACAUUCCGGCAUGGUCCCAGCAUUCUACAUCCAAACUGCUUCUCCCAAAGCUUUUUGUCACCAAUCGUGCAACUUCCAAUCGCCGGCUAAGAUCCAAAUUGGUCGUCACGGGUCGACCAGCCUCAAAAUCCGCUGCCCGUUGUUCUGCAUAUUGCCGUCCGAUAAGC